CGGUCAAACGAGACGCCAUAUUGGAUUUUUUGCUGCUACAGAAACAAGACUUGUAGUAGAAUCGAUAAAAUCACGACAAAAUGCCAUAUGCAAACCAGCCCAGUGUAAAAAUUACCGAACUUACGGAAGAAAAUGUGAAGUUUACGAUCGAGAAUACAGACUUGAGCAUGGCCAAUGGCCUCCGAAGAAUAUUUAUCGCUGAAACCCCAACUAUAGCAAUAGACUGGGUACAGAUUGAAAAUAACACAUCAGUACUACAUGAUGAGUUUAUUGCCCACAGGCUUGGUCUCAUCCCUCUGACCAGUGACGACAACGUGGAUCGACUGAACUAUUCCAGAGACUGUACUUGUGACGAGUUCUGUCCCGACUGUUCUGUGGAGCUGACUCUUGAUGUAAAAUGCACAGACGAUCAAACCAGGCAUGUAACGACAAGGGACCUCAUAUCAGCAGAGCCAAGAGUUAUUCCAGUGACGUCACGACACCAUGACGAUGAAAACAGUGAAUAUGGCGAACAGGAUGACAUUUUGAUUGUAAAACUUCGUAAAGGGCAGGAACUCAAGCUUCGGGCCUACGCUAAAAAGGGCUUUGCUAAAGAACAUGCAAAGUGGAAUCCAACAGCAGGUGUGGCAUUUGAAUAUGACCCUGACAAUGCUCUGAGACACACGACAUACCCAAGACCUGAGGAAUGGCCUAAAAGUGAAUACACAGAGUUGGAUGAAGAUAGUUAUCAAGCGCCAUUUGAUGCAAAUGCUAAAGCAGACAAGUUCUACUUUAAUGUUGAGUCCUGUGGCUCAUUAAAACCCGAGACAAUUGUGAUAUCUGGGUUGUCUGUGCUCAAGAAGAAGCUGAGUGAUCUUCAAACUCAACACAGCCAUGAAGUAGCGGCUGAUGUCUUGACAAUAUGAGAACUAAAAACCAUUGAAGCAUUUCUGUAGUUAUUUAUAAGUAAAAGCUCUUUUUAUGCAACACA